UGGCUCUCCGCAGAGCGCAAGCCCAGCGCCGGCGGCCCGCCCCGGAGGGGCUGCUGGGGGCGGCGGGGCUCCCGGGUCGGGGAGGUUCGGCCGCGGGCCGGAGGGCGGUGGCGACCUGCCUUCCCUCCAUUCAGCGAUGGGGAGCCGGAGCCACCGGCGUGCGGGGCGGGAGGUGCGGGCGCCAGGGGCGCGGGCUCCCCUUCCUCUGCCUGGCCCCGGACUCGCGCUCCCGCCCCUUCCCGGCCGCCCCGAGCCCCCCCUCGGCCUGCAGCUUCCCGCCGGGCCCGUGGGCAUCUACGGGGCGGAGCCUGGCCCGGGGCGCGCGCUGCUGCAGGGUGGGUGGACUGGGGGCGGCAUCCGGGUGUCCUCGCGGGCUGGGGCCGGAGGGCCUUGCACUUCAGGUUGGGCGGCGGUGGAGAGGCCCGCGCGCUGCGGGAAGCCCAGUCCCCGUGGUGCACUUCCUCCUCCCGCCGAGCGGAGGGUGCCGAAGGCGGGGAGGGCGGGGACCCCGCAGCCGGUCCCGGGCCGGAGCGUCUCCGCAGCCGCGUGUCUCCAUCCCUUGGCGCCCCAUUCUAGCCCGCUCCCAUCCCGCCAGUAGCCCUCUGUCUGCGUUUGCUAAGGCUUGGUGUCUACUCCCUCGCAUCCCUGUCGGGCCUGCCUUUCGGGACCAGGCAUAGGCGCGUGGCACUCGCCCUUGGCCCUUCCAUGCACCGCCGUGGAAGAAAUCAUUCCUGUUUUCGGCACUGUAUGCUGCCUUUAUAUUUGGUGGUCGGCACCUGAUGAACAAACGAGCGAAGUUUGAGCUGCGGAAGCCACUCGUGCUCUGGUCGCUGACACUUGCGGUCUUCAGUAUAUUCGGUGCUGUUCGAACUGGUGCUUAUAUGGUGUACAUUUUGAUGACCAAAGGCCUGAAGCAGUCAGUUUGUGACCAGAGUUUUUACAAUGGACCUGUCAGCAAAUUCUGGGCUUACGCAUUUGUGCUAAGCAAAGCACCCGAACUAGGAGAUACAAUAUUCAUCAUUCUGAGGAAGCAGAAGCUGAUCUUUCUGCACUGGUAUCACCACAUCACUGUGCUCCUGUACUCCUGGUACUCCUACAAAGACAUGGUGGCUGGGGGUGGUUGGUUCAUGACUAUGAACUAUGGCGUGCACGCCGUGAUGUACUCUUACUACGCCUUGCGGGCCGCUGGUUUCCGAGUCUCCCGGAAGUUUGCCAUGUUCAUCACCUUGUCCCAGAUCACCCAGAUGCUGAUGGGCUGUGUCAUUAACUACCUGGUCUUCAACUGGAUGCAGCAUGACCACGCCCAGUGUUACUCCCACUUUCAGAACAUCUUCUGGUCCUCACUCAUGUACCUCAGCUACCUUGUGCUCUUCUGCCAUUUCUUCUUUGAGGCCUACAUCGGCAAAAUGAGGAAAACCACGAAGGCUGAAUAGUGUUGGAACUGAGGAGGAAGCCAUAGCUCAGGGUCAUCAAGAAACAUAAUAGACAAAAGAAAAUGGCACAAGGAGUCAAUAUGGUGCAGCUAAAACAAAAUAAAUAUACAGGCAGACACAGAACCCGAGGCAGCUUAGGGUGAUAAUUAGGUCAACUUAACCCAGUAAGUUUAUGAUCCUUCUGAGGUGAGGACUCACUGAGUGUAUCUCCAUCUCAAAGCACUGCUGCUGAGGGGCCCUUCCCUCUUAUCUGUCAACUCCAGGACAAGCAUCAAAAGGGAGCCAGAGGCAGAGAAAUAAUCAAGCAAAAGCUGUUAACACUAUACGGGGGGGAAAAUGUCUUUACUAAGUGUUAUAUUUCUCUAAGGAUGAAAGAAUUUCACUUUAAAAACUAUGCGAGCACACACAUAGACACAAUCCUUUCUAAUCAAUCUUUUUCAACAUGGAGCUAGAGAUAGUAGAAAAGAUAAAAAUGGAAGAGACACAGGGUUUAUAUCUAGAAUAAUAAGAAAUCAAAGCCUUUUAAAAAGUUAGCUAUUGUAGCCCCUUGAAAAAGAUGUCUUAAUCAUUUUUUAUUGCAACUAGGAUUUAAAAGAUUGGUAUUUUUUCUUCCCCCUUCAUUGCAAAGCCUCAGACUACUGAGUUUGCUAUAACCAAACAGAGGGCAAUACUUUUCCAAAGUUCUUUGUGGAAACGGUGCAGCCCAAAUCCCAGAGCCUGUAGCUGAAUGUCACAUUACCAACAACUCCGCUCUUCCAUGAGGUACAAGGCCUUAUCCUUUGUUCAGUUGCCCCAGACUUCAGAACUGAAAACAUAAAAUCAACCCGUUGACUUGGAAAUGGAAUCUUGUACUAUCUGUAAAAAACUCAGCCCAUUGCACUGGAGCUGGAGAAGGGAGGCAGUGAGAAGAGGCAGAGCUGAAGAUUCAUCCAGUAGGCAAUAUGUACGCUAUGCCCGGCCCUGUUUGACGUCACACGUGCGCCUGACUUUCCAGAUGAAACCUGUGGGACAGUCCAUAUUUUCUAUAUUUUGUGACUUUCAAAAAUAGAUCUGCAGGACUCUGCCUGAUUUGGGCUAAACACUGUUUCCACAUCUGCUAUUUGCUUCUUAAGCAGUGCAGAGUUGUGUAAAGUGCCCUCUGCUGGCCGAGUUGCGAAACUUCAGCAAACACGCUUCAUAACAGGUCUGGCUGAAAAUAGUUGAGAACAAACGGUCUGCGAAAAUUAAUCCUUAAGAUUUAAGUGCUAUCAAAUACCUGUCAUCCACUUAGCCAAAUCAGAACACAUCCCUUCUGCUUCAGGUCAGCUCCAUAAAUUUUUUAAGGGACUUUCACUCUGGAACUCGGUCAAUUUAUCAAGAGCCAUAUUUAAAGAAAAAAAAAAGCUAGAUAAUACUGUCUGUAAUAUUUCAGUCCUCUACAAGCCAAAUAAAUAUGUCAACGUUCCUAGUAUUUCAAAGAAGCAAUUAUGUAAAGUUGUUCAAUGUGAUAUAAUAGUAUUCUAAUUGGUUAAGUAGCUUAAAGAUUAGGCAAACUAGAAAAGAUUAGAGGCUAAUACAUUGCAUAGCAUAUACACACAUAACCACACAUAUGCACGGAGGCGUGGGGUAUACAGAGCUGCAAAGCCCAGUGAAUAGUAACACAAUUUUCAGCUAGCAGAAACUAUCGUUUAUCUUAUACCUUUAUUUGAAAGUGUACAGUAAAGGGGAUUUUUCACAUUAUUUUUAUAUUAUUUUAGCUUUAAUUGUGCUGUCAUUCAUGAAACAGCUGCUGUCCUUUUCUGUGAGAGACAGCAAAGGAGUUUUCAGCGUCUUUUAUGUGUGGAGUUUAAAAGAAUAAAGUUUUACUCCAUUCUAUAUGAAUGGCUUGAGCAGUGGACAGAGACUCCAUGCAGAUUGAGUCAUGGCUGAAAGAGCCAGGGAGAGGGCUAAGCCAAGGAGGGAAGCCACUGCAUCCACGUCAGAUUAACUGUGUGUCUUUAUGUGAUGAGACAUGAUUGGAGGGGUGUGUUAUUAGGGUGAGAGUUGGCAUGAGAUGCAAAAAUAGAUCCACUACAACAACUAAGAGGUCCUUAGAAUGUGAUUUCUCUGAGCUUUACAAACACUAGUGGACAGUCAGCCCUUCCAGUCUUGUCGCAGGAAGAAGGCAGAAUAGUGGAAAUGAAGAGGCCACAUAUCAGUUGACUUGAAUUUAAUCAAGAGAUCAGUUUGAGGCUCAUCUAGUUGACUUAAUAUGAUCCAGUGGUUUAUCCUAGAAUACAGGUUACACUAUGGAACUAAGCAUAAGCCCUAAAAGACUAAGCAAUGCUUCCAAAAGCACUUUAAUUUUGAUGUAGGCUUCAUUCUGUAUUCACUUGUAAAAAUAACUUAGUAUUUUUGUUUACAGAGUGAAUGUCUAAUCGUUUUUAAGCCAGCUAAAUAUCUCCCAAUGUUCAUCAUAGGAAGAGAAAGCCAAAUGUUUUUACACAGAAUUCUGAUAUCGUAGGCUCAGCACUCGGUUUAACACAUCGGCUUCACUGCUUUAAGUCUAUCAAGAUAUGAGGCUGGAUCACUGGCCUAUGACACAUCUGAGACCUGCCAGAGAACUGACUGCCACAUAGAUGAUACUGCUGUCAACAUUCCAGAAAAACCUGAGCAAGCUAGUUUUUGUAGCUGCCCCAUUAUGCUGCAAUAGAUGAUCUUUAUUAAAGAUUUCCCACUGCAUUCCAAUCCCAGUAUGCUAAAAACUUCAUUCCUGGAGUCAAUGAAAGCAAAUGCUUGAUUUCAGAUUUGCAGUUUCAUGUACUAGGUCUGAGCAUCAACUCAAAUGUAGAGUUUGCAAUGAAAUUCUAGUUAGAAACACUCCAUGAGUAGGAGAUUUUAUCUGGGCCUUCUAGAGAAAAGAGCAGCUAUUAUUGUUAUUUAUUUAUUGUAUUUAUAUCCAAUGCCAGGCCAAAGUACUGCGUUAAGAUCACGGGUUAGGGUUAUUAUUCCAGGUAAUUUAGUCCCAUUUUUCUGAUUAUUCUGAACUACAAAAAUUCAAGACUGGAAGGAAAAUACAUAUGCGUUGCUUCAGGAGAGAGCAGUUUAGUUGUGUCCCUGUAACAUCUCCAGCACUCCUGAUGUGUCUGAAGAGACUGGUUAGUCCAAUGACUGACAUCUUAACUCGGUCAGAAACUUCAUGGGGCUAGAUUUUUGUUGUUGUUGUUGUUGUUGUUGUUGUUGUUGUUGUUAGAACGAACGCAAAAACUAUAGGCAUCUAGGACACCACCUCCAGUAAAGAGACCCACAGGGUUGUUUUUUGCUCUGUUUUAAGAUCAAUUGUAUCUUCAUGAUAAGAUAAAGCCUGUCACAUUAGAGUGACAAAGCACCCAGAGUCAGUUACUGGAAUAGAAUGUUCCAGAAGUCUGCUCAGUUAUCUGUGAGACUCACAGGUUCGGGUUACUGUCUUUUCCUUCUUCUGAUAGAACACACUCUUCCUCCGAGACUGUGUCACACAGCAGAGUCAGGUUAGCACAUUCUGAGGGGUGUAACAGUUCUUUAACCAUUGUUGGAUUGGUCAGGUGUUAAGGGAGCAGCUAGAAUGGGGAAGACCGGAUGGAUUCCAAUCUUGAGAAUUCCAAGCUGUGAACUCUAUGUGCUGGGCCCAUGUCCAUCUAUCUCUCUUAGGCACAUUUCCUGUGUGAGAAUAUCAUGCUGGAAGCCUGAUAGAUGACUAGAGCUUUCUAGUCAUCAAAUGUGUCUUUUCCCAGUCUUUGUUUUGAUAAUAUUUUGCUGUCAGUUUGGAACAGAGUAGGGCUUGAGGUCGUGCUGUGAAUCAUUGCCUUCUAGAGCUCCUUAACAUCAUUCUGGCCAUAUGUUUAUGUCCAGCACCCAUUUCCUUGUGCCUCAGACCCCUUGCCAUCAGAAAGCGACUUGGGUAAGAAUUCACAGCAUAUGGUCUGUCACUCUUGAUAGAGCAGAGAUGUCCCAUUUUGUUCUAAUACUCAAUAUGGUGGGUCCCAGUUGGCCAGUGAGCCAGCAUCUCCUGCUGGUACCUGAUAGUGACAUAAAACAGGUGUCAUUGUCUGUACAGGAUGCUCAGCCUAUUGUAGCAGACUGCACAUAGAGACACAAGUAAGCCAUAUUGCAGAGUCCAUGGCUGGAGCUAGUUAAACAUACAUCUACCCAGAGCUCAGAAAACACCCAUAAGCCUGUUGGAUUAUCCAGUCACUUCCCUCAUCUUCAGAUACUUGGAAAAGUCAGGAUACACAGGGGGAGGGAUCCCAAGACCUCCUGCAUCCACAGUUGUUUGGUGGUACAUUGGGAACUGUCUGUGCGUGGUUUUCAAGAAGUCUUGUAACUACACUUAGAUUGCAGGUCAGGCAGGCCAAAGUCAGAUAUUUCCAGAUGUUGACACCUACUGCAUUGUAGUCAAGUUCUCCUGAAGCAAUUUGUUAAGUUGCAGAAAUGAAUCCACAGGUCAGAAUAUAGAUGUAUUGUAACCCAGUUAGGACACAUCUGAAAGGGCCUGACUCCUGUUGGUGUCAACGUUAUCUUUCCAAUGAUUGGUGGCGCCUAAGGCUUUUUUUCCUAGUGGACAGAAAUCAAAAAGUAACCUCAUUGUGUGUCCCAGUCAUGUGGUUGUGUUGUUUCAGUCAAGUAUAGGUCUGAACAUGACCAGGCUAGAGACUACUCACUGCUACCCCCAAAACCACUGGAAGAUUCCAUUUCCUAGGCCCCUAAGCUUAGAUUUAGAGGGAAACGCACUCAUCCAAGCCUCACACAGCAAAUCACAGCGGUGUUGGAAUUGUUAUUUUCAAGUGCUCAUUUCAUGACAUUAAAAAAUAUUUUGGUGUAUUAAGAUUAAAAAUAAAAUCAUCAUAACUUUUGAUUUAAAA